AUGGAUCCUGCGGUGCGCGUUGCUGUACGCGAGGCCCCCUUGAGGCGGCAUUUUCAAAAUAAUAAUAAUAAAAAUCAAACGGCAACAAUAGCUUUAAAUCCACAAAGAACUGUUCACUAUCCGCCCGAUUGCAACAAUGCUUUGGUAGUCGAUGGCACUGUUUACAGCUUCGAUCAUGUUUUCGAGCGGGGCGUAAGUCAGGCAAAGCUCUAUGAGGAGUUGAUACAUCCAUUGAUCUUGAAGGUAUUAUCGGGCCAUAAUUGCACGGCAUUGGCUUAUGGCCAGACCGGAACUGGCAAGAGCUACUCUAUGGGUUUGAGCCUAGAUGCAGAGUAUUUGGAUGAUGAACAUAUUGGCGUUGUGCCACGCUGCCUAGCUGAUAUAUUUGAUGGACUUGCAGCGAGCCAAGAGAAUGCAGAAUCUACAGAUGUUUCUGCCUCCUUCAUUGAAAUAUAUAACGAGAAUGUAUAUGAUUUGUUGGCUUCUGCAGAGGCGCCUGUACUAAUUCGUGUCCAAAAGUUCAGCGGCAGCACUCGGAAACCGAUUCGGAAUCAAAAUGAGUUCCGGGAGCUGUUGAUUCAGGGCACCGCCAGCCGUCAUGUGCGUUCGACAAACAUGAAUGCGAACAGCUCCCGUUCCCAUGCCAUAUUUACCAUUCAUGUGCGCAAUGCUCGACUCAAUAUCGUCGACUUGGCCGGCUCGGAGGGGCUGCGACGCACCGGCCACGAAGGUGUGGCCCGGACCGAGGGAGUUCACAUCAACCAGGGCUUAUUGUGCAUCAAUCGUGUGCUGCUCGCCAUGUCUGCGGGCAAUCGUGUCAUUCCCUAUCGGGACAGUGUGCUAACCACAGCGCUGCAAGAGUCGCUCAAUUGCCAAUCGUACUUUACGCUGUUGGCCUGCAUAAGCUCGGAGCCGUGUGAUUUGAGUGAGACGAACUCCACGCUGCGUUUCGCCAAGAAUGCCAAACAGCUGAAGCUGACGCCACAACAGAAUCAAUUACAAAUGGACUUGCUGCGCAAAAAUAAUAUGACGGCAUCGAAAACUACAAGCACGCCUAUUUUUAAACGUCCCCUAUCCUGUUCCAAGCGACCCUUGGGGAUACGCACUCCGUUCAACACAAAUCUUUACACACCCGGAAAAAUUGUGCGUCAACGCUCGGAUAUGGGUCUCACGCCUAGGGCUAAAGAACGUGCCCGGAAGUUAUUGCAUUUGGAUAAUGUUGAGGCAGCGGCAUCGGCAGCCACUAAUGCAGAACAGCCCUCCUUCUUAGAACCAUCUGCUAUUUUUGAUCCUUUUGCGGAUGUUAAUGUUGCUUGCUCUACACCAAUGAAUGGCUGGACAGUCGGCGGAUUAGAGCGUACGGGAGCUGAAUGUAGUUCCAUCGCCGUGCCCAGUCGGGAGGAGUUUGAUAAUCUUAAACAUCAAUAUUUGGAUUUGACCGUGAUUCUCGACAAGAUAUAUCAGGUCCUGACGCCACAACAACGCCAGCAUUGUGCGCUGCCAGCAACAAAAGCAGCAACAAAAGCAGCAACACCCAACCAGAUGAUGAGCUUUAUUGGGAGACGAGAACUAUCCAGAGAAACGCCCGCAGAGCAGCCAGAGCGAGUGGAGACAAGUCUGCUGCAGACCUCUGGCGAUAGCGUAAUUGCAGAACAGACAACUGUACAGUUUCGGGUUUCCAGAAGCCCCAGCGAAAUGGCAGCAGAGUCAGCUAAGCAGGAUUCAUUCCAAAGUCCUAGCAGCAACAUUGGCGCAUCGGCAUCGGUAUCCGAAUCGGCUGCGGCAUUGAAUUUGCAGCGAACGAGGCUUCCAUUGCGUCGCUCCACACGUCUGCUUAGUCGAACAGAGUUCAAUCCAACUGAAAACUUGAAGGAUCGACGCCGUAGCGAACGCAUAUCAAGAAAGUCCAUAAAGAAAGAGACCUCACCUGCGAAUACACAAAAAGUCGCUUCACGUCAGCGCCUAAACAAACAUUCCGCCGACAUGCUGGAGCUUCUGAAUAGCGGCACAGCCAAACAACUUCAGUUGUUGCCCACCAUUGGUGCCAAAACUGCGCUGGCGCUGGUAACGCAGCGCAAUCUAAUGGGUUCAUUCGAGGACUGGGCCCAAGUCGAGAAGCUGCCAGCAUGGAGGGGUAGUGGCUUUAAGCGCUUUAAAGAAGCAAAUUGUUUGGUCUUAUGAGUGAGCUUAUGUAUUGCCCACCUAUUUCCUAUGUGCACCUAUUUAUGCAAAACUCAUCAAUUUAUUUAUAGUUUUUAAGUAACUUGUAUGGCAAUAUUUUUCUAAAUAUUUAAGAGUAUUUGUUGUAUGCGUCACUUAAUAGCCUCUUUAAUCCCUAAUUGCCAAAUAUUUCAGCACAAUUUAUAUAUCUAGCAAUUUACAUAAGAUCGUAUAUACAGCUUCAUUUGAUUUGAAUUUUAUUCAAAACUGAACUACAUUUUGGCUUUGGUUUGUCAAUUUGUUUAGUCAGAGAGUUGAGGAAACCCUUUUAAUUCCGGCAUUAAAAUAAAAGACAAGCCAAACUCUUGAAUAUCCUGUAUUCAGCCAUUUGCCAAUAACAAUCUUUCAACUAAACAUCAUUGUAGCAA